GAAAGGUGUGUACACACUGAAAGCGCUUAGCAAAGUUUAUAAUUUAAAAAUUUCCCCAUCUGGGCAUCAGUAAAGACCAAACAUGGAUCACACACGCGAAAUAAUCACUUUUCAGCUGGGCACCUAUGCUAACUAUGUGGGUGCUCAUUUUUGGAACCAACAGGAGGCGAAUUUCGUUUAUACUGGCCAAAAUGAGAGCAAGUUGGAGGCAAUUGAAGAUCAGUUACCAAACAAUGACAUACUCUAUAGAGAAGGUCUCAAUGAUCACCACCAAACCACAUACACGCCACGGCUAUUAUCCGUGGACUUAGCUGGCACCUUGGGCCAUUUACCAUUGGCAGGGGAACUUUAUGGCAAUUAUGUACAACGAAAUGCUGAUGAAGAUGUUCAGAAAACUAGACAGCAAGUAAAGGAAAGUCAAUUGUGUUCUGGUGAUCAAUUAGAUGUGGUAGAACAGCCACUUGCCUCCAUGUCAGAGUACCAGAAAGAUUUGCUCAAGGGUUCAGUGGCUAUGGAUAAGGAUUAUCGGCUAACAGAGACGGCAAACAGUUGGGUAGAUUAUCUGUACGCCAGAUAUCAUCCACGUACAUUAAAUAUCGUACAGGAUGUACAAAGAGACAGUAGUAUUCAGGCUUUGGGCCUGCACUCGGCGGGCACUGAAGUUUGGCAAUCACCGGCAUUUAAUGAGGAUUUCUGUGAUCGCAUCCGCCUUUAUGUAGAGGAAUGCGAUGGUCUGCAAGGCUUCCACAUGCUCUUCGAUCUAGAUGAUGGUUUCAGUGGUCUGGCCAGCAAAUGUUUGGAGCACUUGAAUGAUGAGUACAAUCGGGCUAGCUUUGUGAUGCCCCUGUAUUAUCCAAGAAUAACAUCAUAUCCUCAAGCAGAUACCCGGACAAGUCACAGUAUUCGAGUGGUUAACACAGUCCUUGGCUAUUACCACCUAAGUGAGCAGGCCACCAUGUUUACGCCUCUUUCGACGUUGGAAAGCAUCUGGCGGAAUAAUACUUUGCAAUCUCGUCAUUUGCCUGGUCUACAUUUUCAAUCGUCAAAUCUCUAUCAGACAUCGGCAGUUCUUGCUGCUUACAUGGAUACAAUCACUCUAAGCUAUCGCCUUCGCCAUACUCCCGAGUUGCUCAAUCGAUUCUGUUCGCGGGUCUUUUAUUCGGGUAGAAAGAUGACAUCUGCUGGAAUGGCUCUGCCAGUGGGUAUGCAGCGAGAUCAGGAUUUGAUAGAAUAUUUGGAUCAAAAGGCAACCAGCGAUGACAAUUCCUCACUUUUGACUCCACUUACACCGAAUUGUGAUGCCGGAACAUCGUAUGUAAUGCAGUCGGUGAUGGCUCGUGGCAUUCCACUGUCUCGACUUAAGCGUCCCCAGGAGAAGGCUGGUCCUCAGCUGCAAAUGUCUGCUUAUAGCUGCAACAGCAUCUCUCAAAUGCUUCAAUUGUACUAUCAAUGCUCUUUCCAUGGCAGUAUAACAAAUGCUGCUUCGACACCAUUGCCCCUAAAGACACAGUUGCCGUUUCCUUAUGAUAUGUUCGAUGAGAGUGUUGCCCCUGAUGGUUAUCUACAGGCUCCAACAAAUAAGGAAGAUGUUCGUGUAGAAUCGGCCCCUCUACUGGCAGCCAUUCAAAGUUCUAGCAAAUUGGGUGAUCAUCUGGAUGCCUUGCACUCACAGACGCAUCGCAUACAAUUGUCCAAAUUGCAAGCAUAUUCACAAUCCGGGCUUGAAAGAGAUGAAUAUGAAACAGCGCUAGAUCAUUUGCUUGAAUUCCGGGAUAAUUAUGUAGACUCUCAGUUUCUAUAGAAAUGAAAUUAUCUUCUGAUAUUGUGAUAUAGAACUAAAAUAAAUAUGUAUUAAUAUAUUUAUAUUCACAA